AUGGAGCCACCGCAACAUCAUCAUCAUCACCAAGCCGACCAAGAAAGCGGCAACAACAACAAGUCCGGCUCUGGUGGUUACACGUGUCGUCAAACGAGCACGAGAUGGACACCAACGACGGAGCAAAUCAGAAUCCUGAAAGAACUUUACUACAAUAACGGAGUCCGGUCACCAACAGCCGAUCAGAUCCAGAAGAUCUCUGCAAUGCUGCGACAGCACGGAAAGAUCGAGGGCAAAAACGUAUUUUACUGGUUUCAGAACCAUAAGGCUCGGAAUUUAAAUCAUGCAAGCUCAGGUACUGAAUGUGGUGCUGUUAAUGCUUCUAAUGGCUACAUGAGUAGCCAUCUCUACGGAUCUAUGGAACAAGAUUGUUCUAUGAACUACAACAACAACGUAGGUGGAGGAGGAUGGACAAACACGGAUCAUAAUAAUCAUUACUCAACUCCAGCUUACAACUUCUUCGAGAGACCAAAGCCUCUGUUUGGACUAGAAGGUCAUCAAGAAGAAGGGAAAUAUGGUGGAGAUGCUUACCUGGAACAUAGACGAACACUUCCUCUCUUCCCUAUGCAUGGUGAAGAUCAUUUCAGUGGCGGUGGUGGUGCCAUCUGGAAGUAUGGUCAAUCGGACGAUCGUGAUCUUUGCGCUUCUCUGCUAUGUCUUAACUCGUACGCCGGCGUCGCACCGGAUUAAAAUUAUUACCCUCUCUCUCGAUCGUAUCUGUCGUCACAACUAUGGUUCGCUAGUGAUUAAUGAUGCAGUUAUCAUAUAAUAUAGUAAGUGUACUUCGUACGUAGCUUAAGUGUAAUUACUAUCGUCUAGGGUUUAAUUUUAAUUGGCUUCCUUUUUCUCCUUUUUAUAAUGCAUAAGAUGUUGAAGUUUUAUUACUAUGAAGUUGGAGUCUAUUUCAAUGGAAUUUACAAACACGAAUUUCAAAA